UUCGCUGCUGCUGGCUGCCAUCUUGGAGGGUCUGUGGUGCUCCGCUUUCAACGCCAAGACAGCUGACAUGAUGUUCGGCUGCGAACGGACCGUUAAUUCAGCGUGCCCACAACGCUCGCCCAAGAGCUCGUCCCAUCGGAGCCUCGCUGUCGGCGCCCUACGACUGUAACGUUUUUAGGAACCCCCCUAAACCUUGUAAGCAGGUUGAGAAAAAAAAGAAGUCAACCGCCGCUGUUCGGAUGCAAGGCACAGUUCAGAAGUCACUCUCGCACGCUGAAUCGCCGUAGGCCUGUCAAAACUCAACUAAUCGCUUAAUCACCAUCCGCCGUUGUCUUUUGAAAGCUGCAGCAUCGGAGAGCCCGUCAUUUAAAAAAAAAACGUGGUGACCACAGUGGACUGAAGUGACCAGCGAACACCGCUGUUCUGUGCGUGCGUUAGUGUUUGUGAUUUGUUUUUCUUCUUCUGCUUCUUCCAAUUGCGCCCAUUUCUUAGUCUUGUCUCGUUAGGUCGAGUGUGAACGGCUGUUUUUGUAGGCCUAAAAACUAUUAAGCAGAAAAAGACAGGGUGCGCUGAGGAAGUGGCGGUGGCAGUGUGUUUUUUGACGUCUCGUGGCUUUCUGAGCCCCAGCGGUGCACCUACACGAGUACUUUUGUGACUGUGGGGGUGAUGUGUUUCGUGAACUCUCGGUGAGAACGCUGUCAACGCUGCCAAAGAAACGUUUCGAAAGGAAGAGUGCGCUGUUUCCUCCGAACUUGCUCGGACAGGUCUGACGCUUUUGGUGCUAAAUCGUCAAGCGCGCUUGAACCUCGACCGUUUCUCGCGAUGCAUCGAAACGGGAUCGGUCCUUCGCCUUGGGGUUGAAAGAAGAAAAUAAACAUAAAAAUCGGAGCGACAGCCUUCACAGACCGAGAGGAGAAUCGGUAGAAGAGUGCGCCGUGGUGUAGAACCCCUCCGAUCCUCGGCAGGUAUUACGGAAGCAACCUUUUCCCAAAGACAGCCGUCACCAUGUUCUGGAAGUUCAACCUGAUCACCACAUCCCAUGUGGAAACGCUGCUCAGCAAAGAGAAUGUGACGCUAAAGGAGUUGAUGGACGAAGAAGACAUUCUGCAGGAAUGCAAGGCACAGACGAAACGCCUCAUCGAGUUCCUCGUGAAGCCAGAAGUCAUGGAAGAGCUGGUUGACCUAAUCACCCACGAGCCGCCCGAGGAUAUUGACGAAACGAUGAGAUACAAGUACCCCAACAUAGCGUGCGAGAUCCUCACGUCCGACGUGCAGCAAAUCAACGACACACUUGUUAGGAGCGAGACGCUGAUGGCCAAGUUGCUUGGCUUUCUCGACAACGAUCCACCUCUCAACCCGUUGCUGGCCAGCUUCUUCACCAAGACGGCCGCAAUGCUCAUCGCACGAAAGGCAGACUCGAUGUUUCACCUGUGCAUGCAGAAGGAGAACUUUGUUCGCCUGCUGCUGAAACACAUCGAGACUUCAGCCAUCAUGGACUUGCUCCUAAAGUUUGUCGCGUGCACCGACAGCGAAGCGUUGCGUGCUUCCAUCACGCAGUGGCUGGACAAAGCGCAGGUGGUGCAGGAGUUGGUUGCGCUUAUUGACCCCGGCUGCUCUGAGGAGAAACACAGCAAUGCCGCGGAAGCGCUCUGUGAAAUGAUCAAGUUGACCCGCGAACAGAUGUCCCUUCUGCAGGAGAAGGCACCGGCAGACCCACUUUUGGAGUCACUCGAAUCGACUGAGACGGUUGCGGCACUUCUGGAGCACAUGUUCUCCGGGGACCGAACAUGUGAAUCCGUCUUUGUCAAUGGCAUCUCCGUACUACUCUCAUUGCUCGAGUUUAGAAAGCAAGGGCUCGCUGGGCAACAACAGCAGCAGCAGAACAGCAAUAACGCCGACAGCCCCAACGGCGGUAGUCUAGGAGGCGGCAGCAGCGGAGGUGCCGGCAUGAUGCAGAACGAGACCGCCUGCUUCGCGUCCCUCUUCUUCCGCUCGGAGAAUGCGGAGCAGAUGACGGCACUGGACGUCGAGCGGUUGAGGGCCGGCGUUGACAAAGUGCUGGCCGCGGUGCUUCCACGCCUGGGCGACUUCCUCAAGCUUCUCACGGACCCACCGCAGAAAUCGGGCUGGACGACGACAUUCGGGGUGCUUGACCCGCCGCUUGGACAGACGCGGCUGGAGGUGUGCCACCUAGUGAAUGCCCUCGUCAACUCCAAUAACGACGAUGUGAACAAGAAGCUGGCAGAAUUGGGAGCCCUGCCAACAAUUCUCGACCUGUUUUUCGAGUACUCGUGGAACAGCUUCCUGCACACGCAAGUGGCACAUUUGGUGAGCGCGGUGCUUAGUUCCGCGCACUCGCUCGACCAGGAAGGGAACAAGGUGCACCCGCUGCUGGACCAGCUACUGGGAAGCUGCGCGCUGGUGCAGAGAUGCCUGGACGCCUGGGAUGCCAACAACCUCGAACAGUCGGAACCCGGUAAACAUCGGCGCGGAUACAUGGGUCACCUGACGAAAAUAGUCAAUGACAUCGUUGCCGCAGCAGACGGCGGGAACAACUCCGAGAUCGUCCGAGAGAGGUUAAAAGACCUUCCCGAGGACUUGCAGGGGCGCUGGAAAACCUUUACAACGGAAGCUCUUGUGGAAGUAAACAAGAAAAACACCGUAUCGUUGGCCGGUGGAAUGCCUAAUGUGUCCAGCACCGACGAAGACGAAUGCAUUGACCUUCGCGACGUCAGCUUCCACCAAGAGGCGGCACUCCAGCAGGUUUUCCCGAGGUCUGUGCAGCAGGCCUUUUCUGAUUACCAGAUGGAGCAGGUGACCAGCAACUUCGUCGAGCAGUUCGGCUUCAAUGACGACGAGUUUGUCGAGGCUGAUGAAAACCUUGUUGGCCAGCUCGACCAAUUGGCUAGGGCAAACUUUCAGCUUCCACCCGAGGUCAACAUGCAAAGCCAAGCUGACCUCUUUGAGCGCAUCUGCCGAGAAAAGGCUCAGACGUUGGACGACGCGGACAGCGACGACGACAUCUGGGACGACAAGGAGGUUGUCGUUUCACCAGAAACACGUGGACGCAGGAGGUUGACUGACGACAGUGAGGAGCCGUACAGCAGCGACUCGGACGACGAGAACGGCCCACGGCCCUCCGCCGUCGCCACGUCCAGUGAAGAGAUCAAGAUGGACGUUGACCAGUCGGCUGAAAUUGACGCCACGGUUGCCAUGGACACUACGAGUCCGUGGGAGAACGCUGCGACGUCGAAUGUCGAUACUGGGUGGGCCACGUUCGACAACUUUGCCAACUUUGGUGCUGCCAACUUUGAGGCUGCCGCCGACACGACAACUCCAGCCAUGCCAGUUGCCAUGGAAACGUCGGACCAGGUGCCGUCGCCUCCUACGCUCGCGGGGGCUGCAGCUCCAUCAUCGCAGCCCUCAAACGAGCCGGAUUCGACUAAAUGUCCUGAAGUCGCUUCAGCAAUAGCGCCGGCGGUCGUGCCAUCAAUAAGUGGCCAUUGUGAGCAAAGCACGGUUGAGCAAAAGCCCACUGUGGAGUCGACGAUCGACGACUUCCCUAAGGUUGAAUGCCCCGACAGCAGUGCGCCGAAGCCUUCCACGUCUGGCUCGGCCGUCAACUGCAUCGAGCUCAACUCUGCGGAAGUCAGCUCUUCGGCAGACAUGAGCAUCCAAGAAAACCGCGUCGCAGAGGCCGUUGAGGGGCCUGCUGACUCGACGCCUGCCUGCACGGACAGUAGUGACUCGUUGAAGCCGGUUGCCAUGUUGACCUGUGCCAACGGCCCUGUGCCCUCCGUGGAGCCACUAAAGACCUGCAAUGCCACGCAGAUAUCAACACAAAGGCUAGAAGACUCGAGCAAGGCCAACGGUAGUGGAACAAGUGUAGACGAGGUCAUCACAGCAGCCACCACCAUGACGUACGGCGCUGCCGGCGUCAAGUGCGGCCGAUGGCACCGACCCUUCUGCCCCGACUACAACCUCAAUGCUAUCGACGGUGGCGACGGUUCCUGAACCACCAACUCAACCCCAAGUGCAGAAUGGACCUCUGUGAAACUUUUCCUGCUGCCUCAAUGAAGAUUUUUUUUUUUUUACCCUAUUCCUCCGGCUGUAGGUUGGAAAAAAAAAAACCAAGAAAAGGACUUGUGUGAUGUGCCGGAGUGAAGGAAAAAUGGUGCGGCGUUCUGGACUUGUUUACGAAAAGGACACAGUCAAUUUUCUUUCUUUUUUCAUUUUUUUCCAGCCAUCCGUGAUGCACGAUUCAAGGGAUUAUCGUUUCGUUAAUGUCAUCUGUUACUCUUUAAAAGUAUGCUUGUUUUCCUGCUUGUUUUUUCUUUAUUCUCUUUAAGCUUCCAGUGGUCACUUCUCGCAUGGUUCCAGUUCUAGUGCUUGCAAUCAGGGAGGGAACGGGCGACACCCGGAAGCAUCCAACAAAAAAUGUUUGUCUCAGUAUCACCGCUUCUACGGACAGUCUGCUAAAGUCGUUUUAGUAUCACGGGUGGUUACUGCUAGCUCGAAACGAAUAUGUACCUUUGAGUUUUGUUUUUACAAGCUGGUGUUCGAAUGGCCCGCCUUUUUGCAUCAACCGAAAAGUGCUGUGUCAUAGGUUGCAUGAAUAACAAUCAUAUUUAGUGGCACUUCACCUCGAUGUGUGAAAUGACAGGUGUGUCGGGACGUGCGUUGCGUUCCAGAUCACGUGGACGGCUUUAGCUUCGAGUUUGAGAAGUGGUGACCUUUUUUUUAAUUUGUGUUUGGGAGCGUUUUCUUAUGAGUGCGUGUGGAUACAGAUUGUCCUAAAGCCUUUCAGUCACUUAGUUGUUCACAUUAUCGGUUUUGCUAUUUGUCGUAGUGUCUUGGGCCAAAUCUGAGCCAAAGCGUGAUGCGCUUUAGUGCAUUGCAAGGGUGCAUUGGGUAUCGCCAAGUCUGUCACUAUUCGAAUGUCGUCACCUUUCUGCAUUUCCUUGAAGCUAGCUACUACGCUGCAUUUGAAAACUUGUUAUGCUUUUUCUUUUACUUGUCACUGUCUUACUUUUCAAAAGGUCAUUAGAAAAGGUUAUCAGACUCUGUGUUUUGCAUUACUAGGACACUGGGGCACAGCUUACAGCAAGAUUGUAAAAAAUUUCGUUUUGUCUUUCGAAAGGAUUAUUUUGUAACGUAGAAAUUUGUUUCUUGUGUCAUUUGUUCUUUAUCAACCAUCGCUUACAUUUGCAUCAAGAGUGAUGUGUAGUUGUCGACAUGCCGGUGGCAAAAUAUCAUUUCUUGCUUUCCCCAUAUCAAUGGCAAAAAAAAAAUUUACAUUUGUCAAAGUUGUGCUUGAAGAACAACACACAAUUCUCAGCGCUCGCUUACUUAGAAAAAGUCGUCAUCGCUGUUGAAAAGUUGCACACUCUUCUGCAAGAGUCGUGCUGCGACAGUUCAGGCAGCCAGCAUUGGAAAGAGCGCGCCCGUCGAGAUCCUAGUGGACGAAUCUGUUACUGCACUGAAUUCAGUUGGCUAUGCAAGCAAAACUCCGAUGUGUGGGAGCUUCUUAUCUCAAAGUAGACGCUGUCUGAGAGCAAUUUAGUUAGAAGAUGGCUGCUUUCUCUUACAGAACGCCUGUCAUUGAUUGCGCGUUUCUCACGCACACGUGAGUUUCAAGUAUGUCUGCGAUUGCAUUGUGACUACAGGUACGUUCUUGAUGUGCCACUAAAAAUAACUAUAGUGUCUGCUAGCCUUGGUGUCGUUUUUUUUUUUCUUUUUCUUGCUUUGCCUAAUUUGCAAGGGUAACCAGGCUGCUGCAAGUGCGAUAGCGUCUUGCACGAAUCUUGGAAGUGCACUUUGCUUGUGGGCAUAGCCACUUUGGUAGGCACAUGUAAAUAGAAUAUGUUGUGCUCCCAGCCCCCUCGGAACUACUCCAGAGGCAUCCUCAUAGGGGUGGGGAGGGCAUUUUGUCUGCUAAGGAAAGCCUUUACGAGACGUUUUUCAAGGGGAGAUGGACAUAGUAUCGAGGCAGCGUAUACUUCGAGGAAUGUGUGUACAGGGUGGGGUAGUAGUCAUUUUUACAUUGCACCAAGAGAGAAGGAAAGUUGAAAUGUAUAUUGUUGUGAAAAGCACGAAAUACUUGUAACACUCAAACGUCUGUGGUUUUCAUUAGAUGGCCAGUCAAUCGCUUUCACUAGAUUUCUGUUUCGCUCACUAGGUGGUCAUGCACCUAGCCACGCACACUGCAAGAGCGUCUGUGUGGUAGGGCUCGAUUGACGACGCUGGCAUUUCUUAGUGGAGCUUGUCGUGGUGCAGGAAUUUUACAUUUUUGCGUGGAAGUGGUAUGACGGCUGAAUCUUUACGCGCUUCUUGCAGUUUUUUUUUUCCUCCGGUCAGCCCACUCACCGAACUGGUGUAGACUAAGAGUGGCAGAAGUGCGAAGGCAUCACAUUUGUGUGUGUCAUAGCUUCUAGCGGUCUCUUUCUUUCAUUAUCCCCAACUUUCACCACUUGGAGCCGCCAGGGGGAGGAACUGGUGUCGGCCCCUAGUUGUUAGGCAUCAUCCCUCUUUCCUUACUGGUGUAGGCUAAAAGUGACAGAAGCGCGAAAAUGUCACGUUUGUGUGAGUGCUGGAGAUCGUAGCGGUUGCAUUCGUAAACCCCCUGCCUUUUGCAACCGCCAGGGGGCAGGCUAGUGUCGGCCCCUGGCGGUCAGAGUGAUAAGCUCCUUAGGGAGUCAAGUUGGGUGGGGCAGUGAAGCGGUACAGGCGACGAAGUGCCUUUCGGCGGACUUCGAGAGUGCAACUCAGAAAGUCUGAUCAAACUUUUGUGCUUGUUCGUCACGGUGACCGGACUUUUUAGUGCCCUAUGGGGUGAGGGGGGAUAAAAAAACUGCAUGCAGGUUGCUUGCGGUCUUUACGUACCUGUGCGCUCUCUACAUACGGUAGAGCUGUGCUCGAGACAUGCCUCGGGCGAGCGUGAUUGCUGUGCACGUCGCUGGCUUUUUGUUCCCCCUCCGCGAUGUUUGCCGAAUUUGUUCUCUCGAAGCUCGUUGCCGCUGCUGGGGUGUUUUAUUUUUUUGUAGAGUUGCAGAAGGAGUGAAAGCAAAACUGAAACGGCGAGGAGUCAGUGAUGCAAUAAAAGUGAAGAAAAAAUGC